AACAAUCAAACAAAACAAAUCCAAAAUCAACGGAAAGACUUUAACCCUUAGAAGGAAAAAUAGGACAUAGGCCUGGAUAGAGCCCCAAAACCUGAUGGCAACAACAACCAUAGAAGCAGCAGCAGCGCCGUCCGCCCAGCCGCAGCAGCAGCAGCCGCCCGCUGUCCACCUGUCCACCGCUGAUCAUCUGUCCGCCAACAGAAGCAGCAGCUGCAGCAACACCAACAGCAACAACAACAACAACCACAGCAGCAGCAGCCGAAGCAGCAGUCGAAGCAGCAGCAACAGCAGCAGCAACAACAACAACAACAACAAUCCGAACCAAAACCAGAAAUCCAUCCCCAUUAAGAUACCCUUAAGCGAGCGAUUCUCAUCGCAGACCUCGACAGGAUCGGCAGACAGCGGUGUGAUCGUCUCGAGCGCCUCCCAGCAGACGCUGCUGCAGCAGUUGCCGCCAGUGCGCAGCAGCAGCGGUUCCCUGAGCAUACACGGAGCGCAACCCAAGUGGCAGAAGCGUCGCCAGUUGCUCAGUCAGGACAGUGGCAUCGAGCAUGUGGGAGGCACUGGAGGAGGAGCUGGAGCAGGAGCACGGCCACGACCAGGAGCGCCUGUCGGCGGAGGUGGAGUGGGAAGUUCGUCGGCAGCUGGAGGCGAGGGCGUGAGCGGGCAGUCGACAAGCAGCAGUGAAUCGCUGGGCAGCUCCGGCGGUGGAUGCACAAAUGCAUCCGAUCCGCCGGGCGGACGCAUGCGCGCAGCCUCAGCCCUGGAGCUGAGCAGCGUGGGCGGAGGAGCGACCAUGGGAGGAGCAGGAGGAGGCAAUGCCCUGCGCCGGAUCAAGUACAAGAGCACCAAUAGUACCGGCACCCAGGGAUUCGAUGUGGAGGAUCGCAUCGAUGAGGUGGAUAUCUGUGAUGAUGAUGACGACGAUGAUGAUGAUGAUCUGCACUUAGUGGAGAACGAUGAGGAGGAGGAGGACGAUGGUGUGGCUGUGGAUGAUGUGGAUGGAGAAGAUCCCGAGGAGGCGGACACCCAAUCCGACACACAGUCUGGGAUAGUAAUCAACAUGGGCGGCAGUGGCAGUGGGAGUGGCAGGAACAGCAACGAGACGGAUCAACUGGAUCAGCCAUUGCCCCUCGACAAGGCACCCCUCACGGUGGCGGCGGCGGCAGCCAAGAGGCGGGACAUCAAGAGCCUUGCCACCGAUGGCCACAUCUACUUUCCGCUGAUGAAGAUCAGCGAGGAUCCGCACAUCGAUGCGAGGCUGAUCAAUCGCAAGGACGGGCUGCAGGACACCAUGUACUAUCUGGACGAGUUCGGCAGCCCCAAGCUGCGCGAGAAGUUCGCACGGAAGCAGAAGCAGCUUCUGGCCAAACAGCAGAAGGCCCUCCUCAAGCGGGAGCGCGAGGAUCAGCGCAAGAAGCGCAACACCACGGUGGCCUCCAAUCUGGCGGCCAGCGGGAUGGACACCACCAAAGAACACUGUGAUACAAUAGCCAUGUCCAAUAGCCAUGGAACAGCAACCGGAACGAUCCACAAGCAUAGCUCCGAUCCCAAUCAACAUCAUUCGCAUCUCGAUGACGACGAUGUCCAGAUCGGGGUGGCCGUUGACGAUGACGAGGAGCUACAACUGGAUGUGGUUAAAUUGCGCGGCCGCAGCCACAGCCAAGGCAACAACCUCUACGAUGCUAGCAACAACACCCGCCACCAACCCCACCGUCACACCCACGCCAAUGGGGAUGGCCACGAAGUGGGUCAGGACGAGGAGGAGGAUAUCGAGCAGGGGGCCGAGCCCGCUUUCGAUGGCGAUAGCCUCGAUGAAAAUGUUAAGACUGUCACAAAGAUAUCCAGAACGCAGUCAGCUGUUUUUGGCUACACCUAG